UCUUCCUACAGGCUAAUCUUUUGCUAAGGAUUUUAAAAGAUCAUUGAAUAUGGAUUAAAACCCACCUACAGUUUGCUAAUUAUAUCCAUACCACCAUUAAUUAGUUUACACCCCAUACAGUGUGAGGACCCAUGCUGCUUGAAUAGAACCUUCUCAGCUCCAGCCCAGCCAGAUCUUCAAAGACAUGUUCAAACAAAUGCUAGCUCUAUUUAACCCACACAACAGAGAGAAGUUCUGAAUUGGCUUAGGGGACUGAAAUCUCUUUUCGUAUUGGACUCUGGGAUUUUAUUUUUUGAAUUUUUUUUCUUGGAAGGAAUCAUUAACCAUUAAGGGACAUUGUUUUAGAGUUUGGAUCUUGUUCAAAAAUUCAAUACAUAAAGAUACAAAUUUAACAGGUUGAAGGCAAAAUCCAGGAGUAAGCAUGAACAGAUCUAGAUUGUGAGACAUUUUCGUUAGACUCGAUCCACAUACCACAAUGGCGUGUGAUUUCAGGACUUUUUCUGUUCUGCAAGGUUCCUUCCUAUUCCCAGUGCUAUUAACUAUUUCGUUAUUUAGUGGAAUUUAUUCCCAGACAUCUCUUCCCGGUAACCCAAACCUAGCAGGUGAUUAUGAGAAAAAUGAGGGAGAAACUGUUACAUUGAGCUGCUCUGCUAUCGGUGGAAACCCUCUCCCAUCGGUUCAGUGGUACAAGAACCAGCAGUUGGUGGAUCCUGGAAGCAGUUCAAGUGGAAAUGGUGAUGGAAUUUAUACAGUCGGAUCCUCCACUGUCACUUACAACAAUUACACUUUCACGGUGUCAAGAUCUGAUAACCUUGUGUCCUACAUCUGUAAAGUACAAAACUCUCUGAUGGCCAGUCCUCUAGAGCGUGCCUGGACCAUUAGCAUUUAUGUUCCUUCAGAACAGCCCUUUAUCUCUGGUCCAGAUCCUGCCAUUACAACAGCACUCAAUUCAGGAAGUACAUACAAGUAUAUUUGUACUGCCCAGAAUGGCCGACCUGCCCCAAACCUCAGGUGGAAGUUAGGAACGUCCCUGUCAAGUGCUGUUGAGUUUCAUCAAGGAAUCACAGAGAAUACUACAACCAAUGCAGACAGUACCCUCAGCAAAAGUAGCACACUGAGCUGGGUACCUAUAGUUGACGACAAUGGCAAGAAUUUGUACUGUCAGACUGACCAAACCACAGCUGGAGCAGGAGCAAUCCAAAAGUCCACCUCCGUACCUAUAGUUGUUCAGCAAAUUCCUAUCCUCCAGAUUGGCUCCUCAAGCUAUACUGCCCAAGUUGGGUCAUCUGUGACCUUAUCUUGCCGUGUUAUAAGUGCAACCCCAGCCAUUACAGAUUUAUUCUGGAGGAGACAGGUCAAUGGGGUGUACACCCGGAUCACCAUUGACAAUAAUCGAUUCUUUGGCGGCUCCACCAGCAAUGCUAAUCUAACCAUUAGCAAUGUGGCUCUGAGUGAUCAGACCAGCUACCAGUGCUCCGCCACCAACAGCGCAGGAACGGGGAACAGUGGCGCCACUACCCUCUCUGUAUCAGGAAGUGCCCCACUAGUUCAGAUAGACCAAGACAAGUACCCCAGUACCAGCGGUAACACUGUUACCCUGGUCUGUGAUGUAUACUCCAGCCUCACUGUAUCAGAGGUGUACUGGCAGAGGGCCGUAGGUGGCCAGUUCACUCGAAUCGAUGUGUCAGGGACACCUGAGAAAUACGGGGGAGUCACUGUUUCCUCCCCCUCCCUGGUGGUGAAGAGUGUCACCACCGGUGAUGCAGGCGAGUACCGCUGUGUAGCAGUCAACAUUGCUGGGACUGGGCAGGACACUACCAUUCUGGAGGUACAAGGAAAUUUGCCCAGAGUUACUAUUGAAAAAGAUUCAUACACAGUCAAUGAAGGAAAUACAGUCACUUUGGCAUGUACAGUUCUAUCUUCCACAUCAUCAAAUGUCAUCAGUGUAUUGUGGCAAACCAUUGAAAAUGGGGUCAGCAGUACCUUGAAUGUGAACGAUCCGAGUAAAUAUUCUGGAGCCUCAGUUUCCAAUCCAUCGUUAACCAUAUUCAAUGCAGAGUCCAGCGACAAUGGUCAGUACAGGUGUACCGCAACAAACACUGUUGGAACAGGCGAAAGUGCGAUCACGACCCUGAAGGUCAUUGCAAAGCCAGUGUUCAGAAUUACCCAGAAUUCCUACACAGUUAACUACGGCACCAACGUCACCCUCCAAGUCACUAUAUCGUCACCUGAUGCCCCUGUGUUGGCGGUCAAUUGGCAGCAUACAUCAAAAGCAGGAGUAACCAACUAUGUUCUGGUGGGUGGUGGGAAAUAUGAUGGCGCUACAGUAGGGUCCCCGAGCCUGAAGAUCCUGUCUUCAACUUUUGAAGAUGAGGGAACAUAUCGCUGUCUGGUCACUAGCAGCGCUGGUUCUACGACUAGUGGACCCAUUUCACUCACAGUUAUUGGAAAUGUACCCUCUGUGGUCAUUGGCUCUGGAUCAGCAGUUGUGUAUGGAGGUCAGGUCACCAUCAGUUGCUCAAUUUCAUCCAAUCCUAGCGCUCAAUCCAUGUCCUGGCAGAAAACCUUCGGUGGAGUAACGACAACACUAGAUAUCAGCAACAACCCUCGAUACCAGGGUGGGACACUCUCUAACCCCUCCCUCACCAUCAGUAAUGUGAAUCUAGAUGACAAGGGGGACUACAGAUGCCUGGCCACUAAUAUUGUGGGCACGGGUCAGAGUGGACCCGCGGUCAUAGACGUCACAGGAGGUGUGCCAACAGUUACAACAGGUUCUGGGUCCACGGUGUACGUGGGUGACAAUGCCACGGUGACCUGCAUUGUGUCAGGAACACCAGCUGCCAUCUCUGUUUCUUGGCAGCGCACGAUAAACUCGGUUACAACGACAGUCAACCUCAAUAACUUUUCAAAAUAUUCGGGUGGUACUCUCACUACGCCCAGCCUCUCCAUAUUUAAUGUCAGCAAGGAAGAUGAGGGCAGCUACAGUUGCCAAGCAACAAAUGUCAUAGGAACAGGGCAAAGCGUCACCUCUGCUUUUCUGAGUGUGAUAGGAAGUGCCCCAGUGACAAUUAUAGGACCAGACAUAAGUGUAACAGUGGGCGACCAGGCCACGAUCUCAUGUUCAGUGACAGGCUAUCCCCUCAGCACUGCCAUAUCGUGGCAAAGAAUUGCCAGUGGAGUACGGUCCAACGUUGACACUUCACAGGCUCGAUUCAGUGGAGGAACUGUCGCGAACCCUUCCCUUACAAUUAACCCAGUGGAAGGGAGCGACGAGGGCGACUACCAGUGUAGUGCCACAAAUUAUCUGGGAACCAGUCAAAGCGGAACAGCCUAUCUAGAUGUAAUGGGCAGUAUUCCUUCUGUACAAAUUCCAAGCUCCUCCUAUACCGUAGCAUACAGUUCCCAGAUUCGCCUCCAAUGUGUGGUCAAUUCCAUCCCUCCCGCCACCAGCAUAGGCUGGAUCAAAACCCAACAAGGCGUGACCACCACCAUUAACGUCAGUCUGUCUAAAUAUAGCGGGGGCACCAUCAGUGACCCCUCGCUCAGAAUAUACGACGCUGAUUUAUCAGACGAGGGCUCCUAUGUGUGUUCGGCUACUAAUAUCGUAGGAACUGGUACCAGCCAGGAAAUGAGCUUGAGUGUAGUUGUGUCUUUACCCACUGUCCAAGUUGGAUCAUCUGGAUACUCAGGCAUCACUGGGGGGACUGUCCUUCUGGUAUGCUCCAUCAUAAGCUCCAACCCCUCAGCAACUUCUGUUAUCUGGGAGAAGGACGUCAAUGGUGUCCCGACCGAUGUCACGAGUCUGAUGGCGUCACGGAUCUCGGGGGGUACUGUCACACAGCCCUCACUGACCAUCAGCUCCCUGACUGCAGGAGACACAGGAACAUACUACUGCUCAGCAGCCAACAGUGUAGGCAGGGGGUCCAGGUCCUCAACAACAUUGACCGUGCAAAGUCGGCCUAGCAUCGUCUUGCCUGCGUUUACAUAUAACGCGCAGUUUGGACAGAAUGUCAUAUUAGCCUGUAAUGUGACCUCUGCAACAACCUUGAUUAAUGUGGUUUGGAGGAAGUACUCUAACGGAGUGCCCAAUAAUUUAGUGGUUACGGGGUCGUCCCAUUACAGUGGGGGCUCAACUUUCACCCCCAGUCUGACCAUUUUGACUCUCACGUUUUCCGACUCUGGAAACUAUGACUGCUCUGCAACCAAUGUAGCAGGAACAACUACGAGUAGUCAGAUGACACUCAAUGUCAUAGGAACUGUUCCUAGCGUAAAUAUACCACAGACCAGUUAUAGUGUAACGUAUGGAGGAACCGUCACUCUUGGAUGUGUGGUUAACUCCAACCCAUUCCAAAACAGAGUGGAAUGGCAGCGCAUUGCAAACGGGGUGUCUACCACCCUCAAUGUUACCGCUGAACCGCGGUACAGUGGUGGCUCCAUCAACACGCCAUCACUAACCAUAACUGGGGCCGUCAGUGGUGAUGCUGGGGUUUAUGUGUGCUCGGCUACCAAUGACGCCGGGAAAGGAGUGAGUGGGCAGACAGUACUUAGUGUACAAGGAAACUUGCCUCAGGUCCGGAUUGCACAGUCUCAGUAUUCCGUCCUCUAUGGUGGAUCUGUGUACAUGGAGUGCACAGUAGAAAAUGCCGUCCCACCGGUUACCGCAGUCAGGUGGUACAAAGGGACAAGUGUCAAUCACUUUAACUUGUCUAUUGACGUCAGAGCAUCUAAGUACUCAGGUGGAGUUUUAGACAACCCAUCCCUUAAUAUCACCAAUGUGGUUCCCUCUGAUGAAGGGUUCUACUCUUGUAACGCCACAAAUCUAGUCGGAACUGCGUCUGCUUGGACAUUUUUUGAUGUUUACGGUGAUAUUCCUUCUAUCACCCUGCGCAAUACCUCUUACUCUGUCAUGGUGGGGGACCCGGUCACCCUCGCCUGUGACUAUAACUCCUCCCCUGCUCCGACCGCUAUAACAUGGCAGCGCAUUCAGAAUGCUCAGUCCACCAACAUUAAUGUCCUAGACUCCCGAUUUGGAGGCGGGACAAUUGUAACCCCUUAUCUCACAAUACGCACCACUCUUCUCUCCGACGCUGGUGUCUACACUUGCUCGGUGACCAACCACGUUGGCACGACAACCGGCAACCCAAUAUUUCUCUUUAUCAAUGGCAGCACGCCAUCAGUUUCCAUUCCGCAAAGCACAUACAAUGUUAGUUUCGGAGAUCCCAUCACUAUUCCAUGUAAUGUCACAGCUGUUCCCACAGCAACCAAUGUAUCAUGGGUCAAAACCAGUAAUGGGGUCAGUGUAACACUAGACCCAGCGACACAGCCGAGUAAAUACUCUGGUUCUACCGUGUCGAACCCCAGUCUGACCAUUAGUAGCACAAAUUUAACUGACGAAGGGAACUAUGUUUGCUCGGCUAGUAAUACUGUGGGAACAGGAAGUAGUAAUGCGGCCUUCUUGGACGUGAUUGGUGAUGUGCCCGCCGUGUCUGUCAGUCAAACAUCCUAUUCCAUUUUCGUCGGAUCCUCUGUGACCUUGAAUUGCUUUGUCUCUGGAAACCCUGCUGUAUCUUUCGUCUUCUGGACGGUGACCAGGAAUGGCUUUACCCAGAAUGCUCAAGAUGGUCGCUACAGCAAUGGAGAUAUCAACAAUCCCUCCCUCACCAUUAAUAAUGCCAGGCAGUCGGAUACUGGUGUGUUCGUCUGUAAAGCUCAGAAUUCAGCAGGGACCACGGACAGCAGUCCAAUCUCGCUCACUGUAUCAGGAAGUUUGCCGAGUGUGUCAAUUCCUUUAAAUGCUUACUCUGUCAACUUUGGUAACAGUAUUAAGAUUCCCUGCACCAUAUCAGCCAAUCCAAGCGUGACCAAUGUCUUCUGGGAACUCAUCUCCCAGAACGGAGUUCCUUCUUCCAUUUCUCUUGUUCCGUCCAAAUAUUCCGGCGGAAAUGUAAUUACGCCUGACCUCACUAUUGCAAACACAGACACCACUGAUCAGGGAUUUUAUCGUUGCUUGGCAACAAAUUCUGUGGGCACAAGCACCAGUGACUCGACCUUUUUAACAGUUGUUGGAACGUCACCCAAUGUUACAAUGGCACAGUCAAGUUACAGUGUUUUUACCAAUGGGGAUGUGACCUUGAGUUGCUUUGUGUCAGCUAACCCAUCGGCAUCUAUUUCAUGGACAUUCACCUCCAACAGUGGUGGUGUGACAGCAAUCUCUGCUUCCACCUCCAAGUACUCCCUCGCCACUUCUACCACCGCUUCCUCUUUGACUGUGCUGUCAGCUAACAGUAAUGACCAAGGAUCCUAUACGUGCUCUGCCACCAACUCGGUUGGAACUGGACAAGCCACUGCUACUUUGGUUGUCUCGGGCAGUUUACCAUCAAUAAACCUGCCAAGCACAUACAGUGUCAUCACAGGAAAUGACGUCACUAUGACAUGCACAGUGUCUGCCAAUCCCGCUGUCAGUUCCGUCUUCUGGCAAUUCCGGGCCGCCAACGGUUUUUCGUUUACUAACAUCACAGCCACCUUCAAGUAUUCCAUCAGCAGUUUAACAGGAACCUCGUCGCUGACUGUAAGGAGUACCACCAGUUCAGACAAUGGGCAGUACAGGUGUCAGGCCACCAACCAAGUGGGAACCAGUCAAUCUACCACAGUUCUGACUGUAUCGGGAAGUGUACCCGUGGUAAAUAUCCCCCAAAAUUCGUAUAGUUCAGUCACAGGGCAGGAUGUCCAAAUUCCUUGCUCUGUGUCGGCCAAUCCCACAGCCACAAUUACUUGGACCUUUAUCUCCACCUCCCAAUCUCAGACGUCAAUCACCACUUCCACCUCUAAAUAUACGUUCAAUCCUUCCUCCACGGACGGGACAUUGAGAAUACGCUCCACUUCCAGCAGUGAUACUGGCACCUACCGUUGCCAGGCAACCAAUGCUGUUGGAACAUCUUCAGAUUCUGCUUCCCUUUCUGUGUCUGGAAGCCCACCAUCUGUGAAUUUUGGAUCCUCCUCUUACUCUGUGACAACUGGACAAAGUAUACAGCUGGUGUGCUUUGUGAGUGCUAGUCCCACAGCUACAGACAUUGCCUGGACUUUCCAGUCCAACACUGGAGGUGGAACAACAACCAUCACCUCCUCCACCUCAGGAUACAGCCUCACAACCACAACCUCAUACACCCAGUCUACACUGACAGUUCUGUCUGCACAGAGCAGUAAUGGAGGAACCUACACAUGUAGGGCCACCAAUUUAGUGGGAACCAGAUCAGCCAGUGUUUCUUUGUCUGUUAGUGGAAAUAUUCCAACAGUAACUAUACCACAGAACUCCUACUCUGUGGUCACCGGUCAAGAUGUCCAGAUUCCUUGCUCUGUGUCAGCUAGUCCCUCAGCCUCCAUAUCGUGGAUUUUUAUCUCAACAUCACAAUCUCAGAUAACAAUCUCGUCCUCUACCUUCAAGUACACAUUUAAUCCGUCGUCUACAGAUGGGACUCUGACAGUUCGCACUACAACCAGUGGUGACACUGGCACUUACCGUUGCCAGGCAACCAAUGCUGUGGGAACAGCCUCAGAUUCUGCUACCCUUUCUGUGUCCGGAAGCCUUCCGUUAGUAACCAUACCACAGAACUCCUACUCUGUGGUCACCGGUCAAGAUGUCCAGAUUCCUUGCUCUGUGUCAGCUAGUCCCUCAGCCUCCAUAUCGUGGAUUUUUACCUCGACUUCACAAUCUCAGAUAACAAUAUCAUCUUCUACCUCGAAGUAUACAUUCAAUCCCACCUCAACGGAUGGAGCACUGAGAAUACGUUCCACAUCCAGUAGUGAUACUGGCACCUAUCGUUGCCAGGCAACCAAUGCUGUGGGAACAUCAUCAGAUUCUGCUACCCUUUCUGUAACUGGAAGUGCUCCAUCUGUGAAUUUUGGAACCUCCUCUUACUCUGUGACAACUGGACAAAGUAUACAGAUGGUGUGCUUUGUGAGCGCUAGUCCCACAGCUACAGACAUUGCCUGGACUUUCCAGUCCAACACUGGAGGUGGAACAACAACCAUCACCUCCUCCACCUCAGGAUACAGCCUCACAACCACAACCUCAAACACCCAGUCUACACUGACAGUUCUGUCUGCACAGAGCAGUAAUGGAGGAACCUACACAUGUAGGGCCACCAAUUUGGUGGGAACCAGAUCAGCCAGUGCUUCUCUGUCUGUCAGUGGAAAUAUUCCAACAGUUACUAUUCCACAGAACUCCUACUCUGUGGUCACCGGUCAAGAUGUCCAGAUUCCUUGCUCUGUGUCUGCUAGUCCUUCAGCCUCCAUAUCGUGGAUUUUUAUCUCGACUUCACAAUCUCAGAUAACAAUCUCGUCCUCUACCUUCAAGUACACAUUCAAUCCUACCUCCACGGACGGAACUCUGACAGUUCGCUCCACAACCAGCAGUGAUACUGGCACCUACCGUUGCCAGGCAACCAAUGCUGUAGGGACAGCCUCAGAUUCAGCCUCAUUAAGUGUAUCUGGGAGCUUGCCUAGUGUCACAAUCACCCAGACCACUUACAGUGUGAUAACAGGUUCCAAUCAACAGAUCCCCUGCUUUGUAAGCGCUAACCCAACAGCCUCUGCUAUUGGGUGGACCUUCCGCUCAGCCACCUCCGGAACCACCGUUACCAUCACUUCCUCCACUUCUGGUUACUCCAUUGUGACUUCUUCCACAUCACAAUCCACACUCACGGUUCUCGCAGCUGACAACAAUGAUGAGGGAACAUACACUUGUCAAGCCACAAACCAAGUUGGAAAUGGAUCUGACAGCGCAUUUUUAGAUGUAACAGGAAGCCGGCCCACCGUAAACAUCCAACAGAACACGUACAGUUCAGUCUCUGGACAGGACGUGACCAUUUCUUGUGUGGUGUCCUCCAACCCCACUGCCUCUAUUUCCUGGAUAUUCAUUUCCACUGGCAAUUCUCAGACACAGAUUACCACCUCCAAUGCCAAAUACUCUCUGACUACCUCAUCCGGGGGUAGCACACUUGUGGUUCGAAACUCCAACAGUGGAGACUCGGGAACCUACCGUUGCACAGCAACAAAUACUGUUGGGAGUGCGUCAGACUCUGCAUCACUGACUGUGUCUGGAAGUCUGCCUGUGGUAAACAUUCCCAGCUCUAUUUACACUGUGGUCACUGGACAGGACGCCACAAUUCCCUGCUCGGUCUCCGCAAAUCCGGCAGUGACUUCGUCCUCCUGGACCUUUAUAUCCGCGUCUAGCUCCCAAACCAUGAUCACUCAGUCCACCUCCAAAUACACACUGUCCACUUCAUCCGGCAACAUGACGCUGGUUGUGCGAGGUACCUCCAGUGCUGACAGUGGAACGUACAGGUGCAGUGCCACCAAUGCUGAAGGGACAGCCUCGGACCAAACCUCUCUCACUGUAUCUGGAAGUACACCAGUGGUUGAUAUUUCCCAAAAUUCCUACACUGCUAUAACAGGAAACAAUGUAGUGAUACCAUGCACGGUGUCAGCCUCACCGGCGGCUACUUCCAUCUCUUGGAGAUUCACGUCCAGCAGUGGAUCAGAGAUCCAAAUCACAUCCUCGUCUUCCAAGUACUCUCUGUCGGGCUCCAACAACUUUCCGCAGUUGACCAUCCAGUCCGUCGGUCCCAGUGAUUCUGGAACAUAUAGAUGUAGUGCCACUAACUUGGUCGGGACAAGUUCGGAUACUGCUUCACUCACUGUGACUGGAAGCAGACCAGUGGUCACCAUUCCCAGCAGCAAUUACAAUGUGAUUGUUGGCAAUUCUGUCACACUCCCCUGUACAAUCAGUGCAUCCCCCAGUGUGACAGCGGUGUCCUGGUUCUUCACCUCAAACUCCAAUAAUCAGAUACAAAUCACGAGCUCUAGUAUCAAAUACACUGUGUCCAGGGCCGGCAGUGAAUACAAUCUCACUGUCAGCUCGGCCAUUUCCUCGGAUGCCGGAGUUUACGAGUGUCGGGCCACGAACGCCAUCGACACGAGCAUUGACUCGACCCGGCUUGAUGUCUCAGGAAGUAUCCCUGUUGUUACUUUGCCGACAACACUCUACGAGAGGACAUACGGUCAGAAUGUUACAAUGCAGUGUUCCGUCACAGCCACCCCCGACAUCACAGAAGUCCGCUGGCAGAGGUUCGUCAAUGGAGCAUACCAGGAUAUCUUUACUCAGUCUUCCACUAAGUACUAUGGCAGCUCAAUCACCAACUUUGCUCUGACUGUCACCAAUCUGGUGUUCACGGACGCUGGAGAGUACCGAUGUACUGCCACCAACCAGGUGGGACGAGGGGUCAGUCCUAACAGGGCCACCUUGUCCGUUCUUGGAGCCAAACCUUCUGUUAUUGCACCACAAAACAGCUACUCAGCUGUGAUUGGAACAAAUGUUACCCUUGCAUGCGUUGUUUCUGUGACUUCCAUUGACCCUCCCGUUCUUACUGUGGUGUGGAGGAAGAUGACACCCAGUGGGUCAGGCACUAUUGAUGUGUCAGGGUCCCAGAAAUAUGGGGGCAGCACCACGGCUUCUCCCGAUCUUGUCAUUGCGAACCUUGACGUUCAUGAUAACGGCAAUUACAGUUGCCUGGCAACCAAUGCUGCGGGCACUAGCGAAAGCGGCACAAUCGUUUUAACUGUCACAGGCAGUCAGCCCACUCCAUUUAUACCUCUCACUUCUUACUCUGUGCUUAUCGGAAAUGACAUACAGAUCCCCUGUACUGUGUCGGCAAACCCAGCGGCAACCCUCAUUCAGUGGCAGUUCACAUCUAACAGUGGAAGCAGUACCCCCAUCUCUCAGAACACCACCAAAUACACCCUGGUGGGUGAUGGUACAACAACCUCUAAUCUCACCAUCAACUCGGCUGCCUUGACGGAUGCUGGCACUUACAGGUGCUCCGCUACUAAUAUUGUGGGCACGGGCUCGGAUUCCGCGACCUUGACGAUCACAGGAAUUGCUCCUAAUGUAACAAUACCAGACACAUCUUUAUCUGUACAAAAACGCCAAAACAUCACCAUUGCAUGCGAAGUUACCGACGCCUUACCGAAAGAGACGUCCGUUCUAUGGGAAUUUAGAGCCAACCAAGGCGAUUCUGGGACUAUCAUAAGCGUAGAUGGUAACCCAACCAAAUAUCAGGGAGGCACAGUUGCUGUGCCUUCUCUCACAAUAUUGUCGGUAGCAGCUUCCGACGAAGGCUACUAUACUUGCAUUGCCUCCAACGUGUUUGGUGAGGGUCGCAGCGAACAGGCAUUUUUAGAAGCCACGGGCAAUGCUGCCACAGUAACGGUCAGUCCUCCAAGCCAAUCAGUGCUCCAGAAAAGCACCGCCAUCAUCCAGUGUAUCAUCAACAACGCCAACCCAGGCGUGACCGAGGUGUCGUGGGAGAAGAUCAACUCAGGCACGACCUCCUCGGUCAUAGUGACAGGACGAUUCAAUGGCUCCACUCCCUCCCUUCCUGACCUGAUCAUCAGUGACCUUCAGCCCAGCGAUGCGGGGACGUACUACUGUUCUGCCAGGAAUGCCAUUGGAACAAGCAGAAGUAGCACAGGCAGCAACCUAAUUGUAACAGGGGCGGUGCCAAACAAUGUCCAAAUUCUGGGAGCCACAAGUCAAACUGUUAACCUUGGAGGUAGCUUGACCUUGCAGUGUUCAGGUCAAGGUAAUCCAGCCCCAACCCUGAGCUGGAUUUUCAGCAGUAGUACUUCAGAUGCUACCGAAGUUGGAACAGGGACUACCUAUUCAAUCACAAAUGCUCAGCGAACCAAUGGAGGAACAUAUGUCUGUCGUGGAACUAAUUCAUUGGGCAGCACAGACAGUCAAGGAGUGACCGUAGAUGUGCAAUAUGCUCCUAUUGAUGCCAGAACAGAUGCUCAGAAGUCUCUAACAGCUGCCAUUGGCUCCACCGUUUCAUUGGUGUGUGCAGUGGAUGCAAACCCUGUGGCCAGUUAUGAAUGGUAUCGUAACAGCCAGCCGGUGUCCAAUCAGAGGCAAUAUACCUUCACUCUCAGCAGCCCGGACCUGGUCGGCAGUUACACCUGCAAAGCCACCAAUUCUAGGGGAUCUGUUGAGCUUGGUUACACAUUGUCCCAGGGCAAUGCUGGAAACACUGGAGCCUCAACAGCGACUUCAGGGCUUUCCACCGGAGAAAUAGCAGCCAUUAUAUUGGCUGUCCUCCUCCUUCUCAUUCUGAUCAUUAUUAUCAUCAUCUGCUGUCUGACUCAUGGUGCUUGUGGAGUUAUCUGCGGUAAGAAACAAGAUGUCAAAGGUCGUGUUGAACCAGAGAAGGAGGUGUACAAGGAAACCCAGAAAGAAGUGAUUAUUCCCCGCUUCCACGAGGAGUCCAUCAAAGGCAAAAGGGAACCAGCAAAGGUCGGUUCUUAUCGGUCUUUCCCUGCCCGAGCUACUCAGUAUCGACAACCAUCUGCAGUGUCCAGAAAAGAUGUUGACAUUCGUGUCCAGAAUGGUGGAUUCAGAAGGGAGAAUGAUUAUGAGAUUGUACGCUAUGAGACAGUACCAGCUGCUCCGCCAAUAAGUACCCAGUAUAUCACCGAGUCUCCACGUCCACACCACCUGCCUGCUCUCUCCUACACUUACGAAGAUGUGGAGAAGAAGCGCAAGAAGAGGAGGAAGAAGAAGAAGCACCACCACCGACGCCACCACGGUGAAGCUGAGGAAGUGGUGGUGGAGACUGUCCGUUCAGCCAGUCCUGUUCGUAUUAUACAGGAGCCCGUGGAAGAAGUGGAGGUAGUGCGUUCAGCUAGCCCAACUCGCUAUGUAGCUGAGGAGGGCAAUGAGAUGGUGGUUGAGCGAGUGAUAAGAAGUCGCAGUGCUAGUCCUACUCGAGUAAUUCGCACUGAAGCGGAGGAACCAACGGUUGUUGAGCGGGUGAUUCGCAGCUCAAGCCCAACUCGUGUAUACAGGCAGGAUAUCGAGGAACCAGUGGAUUAUCCGCCUUCUCCAAGUAGGAGAAGACAUGGCGGUUACUAUGACGAUGAAAGGAUUAUUGAAACCAGAAGAAGCACUAGAAGUCCACAGCGAUACAGGCGUGAGAGUGAUGAGGAAAUGAUAAUUGAACGUCGAAGCCCAAGCACCAAGAGAAGAUACGAGGAGAAUUACAUCACGGAAGAGCGUUACUCCAGCGGUGAUGUCGUCCAGGACGAUGGAGACCUCCGUGCCUAUAAUGGUGUGGUGUACCGUGAGGCACCCAGUCGCCACAGUGGUGGCCAUUACCGCGUCCAUGGAAGCGAGAGGCGGAGUCGAAGCCGCAGCGGUCGCAGGGAGCGUGGGUCAGACGACGAUGUCGAGGUGGUUUAUGGGAAAGAAUACGUGGUUGAACGUUAACUAGGUCGUUAUUCUAAUUAACCUUAGGAUUUUUUAAUUGCUUUUUUUAAUACUUUUCGUGAAAAUGUAGAAGGAACCAGUUUAAUAAUUAAGAGGGAUGUGUUUUUCUUUUACCCAAAACUUAGUUUCUUAAAUUAGAAAAUGUCCUGUAUUAGAGAAGAAAGGAAUGCUUUUUACUAUAAUAGAUGAGUGUUGUUUUUUUCUAUUUUUUGUAUCAUGUUGAAAGUUACCAAAGGAAAAAGCUUAGUAUUAUUCUGUGUUUAAUGCUAAAUGGUAUGAUAUCCAUGACAGUAUAUUUACAUUUAACAAUGAAGCGUUAACCUAAGUGCUAAAAAAAAACUGUGUCUAUAUGGUCAUUCAUAAAAGUGCCUGCAUACAAAAUUGUAUCCAUGCAAGCUUGUUUUAUCACAGGUGUUAUAUCAACGAAAAGACAAAAUGAUAACAGUUAUUACAAAUGGCACAGAGUUAGUUUCAAGAUAGAUCACACAAAAGCUCAAUACUUAAAACCACAGGUCAGAGAAGCAGUUGAGUCUGCAGACAAACUGCAUGUACAAUGUUACAUUCCAGUGUUUAUGAUAGGGAUUUCCAGGGUAUAGCUCCAUUGGGUGCCCAGUUGAUGUGAUUUUAUUAGUAUUAUGUGACAAACAUUUACAUGUGUACAAGUAUGGUUGAAUACUUUGUGAUAGAUUUCCAGCAUAAUUCUUUAUGUCCGAUACUCGUGAACAAGCAUAAUAUAUGACACACAAUGCCUUUUUAUUCCAGGUUUUGUACAUGUAUUGUCUAUAUUUUUUUUUUGUGUUUUUGAGCAAUUUUGUCUAUCAAAUUUAUAUUUAUUUAUUUUUUAUAUAUCAUGAAAAUCCGUCCUUUUUUUUAUCAUGAGGUUUUGUAUAGAUAUUUAUUUUCUUUUUAAGUCAAAUUUGGACUAAAGUGGUCAUAAUUCAAAGUUUUACGAAGUUUGAUAUCUACUUUGAAUUACAAGAAACACAAACAUUCUAUAGUCAUAAAAUACAUUUGCAUGAUUGAUGCAUAAUAAAUCAUCAGCAUUUUACUCACAAUCUCCAAUCAAAAUAGUGUUGUUUUUCUCUCUACCUAUAUUGUGAUAACUGUAAAUUAAUAUUGAAAUAUUUUAUUCCAGCAAAGUCGUAUGUAACAACUAUUUAUUAAAUAUUUAUUUGAUUAUUUUUGUUAUACAUUGUAGGUUGUUUUUUUAGAAUGAUUGCGUAAUGUAUGUUUCUGUGUAAACUCCCUUUUUUUUCUAUGUACAUGUAUAUAUACAUAUCGCAUGACAAUGAUAACUGUGAUAUUUUUUGUAUCAAAUCGAUAGAAGAAAUGGGAGGUGCUACAUUUUGUAUGAUAGAAAACUACUGAACAUAUGACUCUCGUAAUGAGGAUUUCAAAUUAACAAUUCCGAAUCUAUCUGGUAUAUAUUUUGUUCUGUUCAUAAAAAAAAUAUUUGUAAAAUAUUGAAAAAUAAUAUUUGGGAAAUGGACUACAAAAUUUUAAGACUCCCUUGCUAAGAAUUGAUGAUAUUAUGGUAUUGUAUAUUGUAUGAUAUCGGUUUUUGUAUGUUAUUAGGACUUGUGAAAACUUUACUUAUAUUUAUGAUUAUGCAAGUCAAGAAAUGAAUGAUAAUUCUAGCCUUGAAUUUUGGACACAUUGAUAGAAAUCUUCUAGUAAUAAAGAUAUGGUAGUUUUAUA